UUUCUUUUCACGCAGACAAAAUGAAAACAGUCGCGGUCCUACCACUGGUACUAGCCUUUGCUAACUUAGCAAACUGUGGAGUAGUACACGGUGGAGUCAGUACCGACUUAGCACCACCCAUUGGCUCGGCGUACUCCACUGGCUAUGGAGUCGCCCAAGAGGCGCAAGUUCACGUGGUACAAAACGCAGAAAUAGGUCACGGAGUUGUCAGCGCAGGUCAAGGAGUCGGAUACAUAACCGGCGCAGAAAUAGCUCAAGGGGUCCAUGGUACCACUCUGGGAACAGGAAUAGGCGUUGUGGGUGUCAACUCUGGAUUAGGCAUCGGGGUCGCUCCAGGACUCGCGUCGGGAGUGGUACUCGGUCAAGGCAACAUAGUGGACGCCGGUACCACCUACAGCCAAAACAUCCGACACAUAGCCAUCCCGGUCCCGCACCCCGUCCCGGUGGUGGUCCACCGCCCCGUUCCCGUUCCAGUGGCAGUCCCGCAACCCGUGGAAGUACCCCGGCCCGUGCGCGUCGAAGUACCGCAUCCCGUCAAGGUCGUGGUGGAAAAACCGUACCCCGUCGUGGUUCCGCGGCCUGUUCCUGUUCCGGUACACCAGCCCGUGUAUGUGAAAGUGCCGAAACCUGUUCCAGUCAGUGUUCCGCAACCAUAUCCCGUCAUCGUCCCGAAACCGGUUCCGGUGAGGGUACCAACGAAGAUCGAAGUGGCGGUUCCUGUGAAGGUUCACCACUACGACGAUCAUCACCACCACCACUACGACGACCACCACCACCACCACCACGGUGCGCUUGUUAUUCCCGGAGGGUUGAAAGGGGGGCUGAGUAGCUACUUGAAGGGUGGUUUGUCCAGUGGGUACGCAAGUGGACAUGGGCAUUUCAGCAACGGCCACAAUUUUAGUGGAAGCGGGAGCUACUCGAACCAUUACGACCAUCAUGGGCAUUACGACCACCAUGGUCAUUACGGCUACCACGAUACCACAAUAAGCCAGCAGUACGACAGUAAUGGAGGGUACAAGUACUAAGGAAACCUCGUUUUUUAAUCUUACUCUAGUCGCUAUCAUGUUUCAAGUGUU